AUAUAUAUAAUUGUUUUUUUUUUUUUGGGUGCCAGUGCCUGUGACUGCCUGUCGGCAACUGCCAAACUAAAGAAACCGCAAGUGCAACUGCAACUGCAACGAAAUGGACCAAGAGCAGCUGAAUGGCGCGAUGCGCAGCGUUUCUAUAAAUAGCAAUGGACUAGCCACAAAUCAGAAUGGCCACAACGGCAACGAUGAGACGGACAAUGCGCGGGUUCUCGGCGGCGGAGGCGGCGGCGGCGGCAUCAGCUUUGGCCUGAGCAGCGGCAACGCAGCGAGCAAAGCGACAAAUGCGGCGACAAAUGCGGCGACAAACGCGGCGACAAACGCGGCGACAGAUGCAGCGACGGCGACGGAGACGGCGACGGCGACAGCGAAUGCAAAUGUAAACGCAAUUCAAAUACAAACAUCGGCAGCUGGUGCGAGUGCAGCGGAUAAAAAGAAAAUGGUGCACGAGUUAUGUCAGCAGCUGUUGCUAACCGAUGAGCAGGUGCAGGAGCUGUGCUAUCGCAUAUUGCACGAGGUGAGGCGCGGCCUGGCCAAGGAUACGCAUCCGAAGGCGAAUGUCAAAUGCUUCGUUACGUACGUACAGGAUCUGCCCAAUGGCAAUGAGCGCGGCAAGUUCCUGGCCCUAGAUUUGGGCGGCACCAAUUUCCGUGUACUGCUCAUCCAUCUGCAGGAGAACAAUGACUUCCAAAUGGAGUCGCGCAUCUAUGCGAUACCGCAGCACAUUAUGAUCGGAUCCGGACUGCAGCUGUUCGAUCAUAUUGCCGAAUGUUUGUCCAAUUUUAUGGCCGAGCAUAAUGUCUAUUCGGAACGUUUGCCGCUCGGCUUUACGUUCUCGUUUCCGUUGCGCCAGCUGGGCCUGACCAAGGGCCUGCUCGAGACAUGGACGAAGGGUUUCGAUUGUGCCGGCGUUGUCAACGAGGAUGUUGUCCAGCUGCUCAAGGAUGCGAUCGCAAGGCGCGGCGAUGUACAAAUCGAUGUUUGUGCCAUACUCAACGAUACGACGGGCACAUUGAUGAGCUGCGCCUGGAAGAAUCACAAUUGCAAGAUCGGCCUAAUUGUUGGCACCGGCUCGAAUGCCUGCUAUGUGGAGAAGGUGGACGAGGCUGAGCUCUUUGAUAUGCGCGAUAAUCGCAAACCGCACGUCCUUAUCAAUACGGAAUGGGGGGCAUUCGGUGACAAUGGUGCACUCGAUUUUGUGCGCACCGAAUUCGACAAGGACAUCGAUAGCCACAGCAUCAAUCCCGGCAAGCAGACGUUCGAGAAAAUGAUCUCGGGCAUGUAUAUGGGCGAGCUGGUGCGUCUCGUCCUGGCCAAAAUGACCCAGGCGGGCAUACUGUUCAAUGGCCAGGGCUCGGAGGUGCUGUUCACGCGCGGACUCUUCUUUACCAAAUACGUGAGCGAGAUCGAGGCCGAUGAGCCCGGCACAUACACCAAUUGCCGUCUCGUAUUGGAGGAGCUGGGCCUAUCCAAUGCCACCGAUGGCGAUUGCGCCAAUGUGCGCUACAUCUGUGAGUGCGUCUCGAAGCGGGCCGCACAUCUCGUCUCGGCGGGCAUUGCCACGCUGAUCAACAAGAUGGAUGAGCCGCAUGUGACUGUCGGCGUUGAUGGCAGCGUCUAUCGUUUCCAUCCCAAGUUCCAUAAUCUGAUGGUCGAGAAGAUAACGCAGCUGAUCAAGCCCGGCAUUAGCUUUGAUCUGAUGCUAUCCGAGGAUGGGUCCGGGCGAGGCGCGGCGCUCGUUGCGGCCGUUGCCUGUCGAGAGGAUAUACUCAAUAGCAAGUAAACGAUUGGCAAGCGCAAAAGCAAAAGCAAAAGCAAACGCAAUCGCAAUCGUAAUUGUAAUUGUAAUUGUAAUUGUAAUUGUAAUCGUUAUCGGAAUCGUAAUCGUAAUCGGAAUCAGCGUCGCAGUUGCUAACGAAGCAAACCUAAUCAAUUCAAUUCGAAUUCAAACCAGGUUCGACUUCGAAAAUUCUUAAGGCGAAAAUCAGUUAGUUUCCUUUUGUCGCCGCUGCGGAGCCGCCAAUCGCCAUCCCCCUCCCCCUCCCUCCCCCAUACCACCAACAUCCUCCAGGUAGCGCCAAAGCGGGGCGCUUCUUAGUAUUUAAAUUAGGCAACAUCUUAGAAAAAAGUUGAGCUAAAAAAAAACAACAACAACAACAAUUAAUAACGGAAUGUGUAUGCUUCGGCAAUUGUUACUUUUCUUUUCAUUUCAUUUCCUUUCGUUUUUUUUUCUAUUCUUUUCACUUGUUCGUUUUAUAAUCUAUCUCUUUCUAUCAAGCUAUCUCUUAAUUAAAUAAAUUAUUUGUAUGUCUAAUUUAUUUGGUUAAAUUAUCUAUUCUCGAUUUUGUAAAAAAAAAAAAAAAACAACAAUUGUUAAUAUAUUUUACACACACACACACACACACACACACAUACACUUAUACGCAUGUUGAUACAUAUAAGAUAUAUGAUUUAAUAUAUCAGGCAAUUUCUUAUUAAAACGGCAAACAAUUUAAAUGAAUUUUUCGAUUGCGAUUUGUCAAAAUCCACAUAAUUAAAGCGCUUAAGAGAAACGAAACAGCCGAACAAAAGAGAAUCAAGAGAGCCAGGCUGGCGAAUCGUGUAGCGCGCUUUCAUGCGCCGCCAAAAGUGUUAUACUGUGCUACUGUGCUACAAGCAUCAUCAGCAUAUCCCAAGCCAGGACAAGACAGUCGCACAUUGUUAACAAAAAAAUACUAAAAACAAAAACAAAAACAAAAACAAAAACAAAAAAAAAGCUAAAACACAGCAAGCAAUGUGUUUUAUAAGUGUAAAAUGUUUAUAGCAUAUAUAUUAUGAAGCGUUAUAUGAUAAUACAGCUUAUUAGCCUCUA